CGCAAACCCCAAGGGUGAAGGUGGGUGAAUACCGCCUUUCCCUUUGUGCGGCGCAUCAUAAUUCAUAAACCACUUCCUUCUUCUGCCUUCCCACUUCACUUUCUUCUUCCUCAUCUUCACUAUUAUAUUCCGUUCAUUUUUCACUUUCUUCGAUGCUUCUUUCCGUGAACUACACUGAUGAAGACUGGAUUUAGUUGCAGCGAUGAAUCAAAGGAAAGGGAACGUGUAAGAAAGAGAGAUGGUAUGCGUGGAGGUUGCGUAAUUAAAGGCAGGCAUGUUUUUGGGGGGAGUUUAGAGCUGACAAAGGUGUUCUGUCGUUGAACAGUAGAGAUGGGAAGAGAUGGGAAAACGAUUUCACCGAGGUUUGGUAAGUGAUAGUGUAUGCAUCCAUCGCCUCCAGGAAAUCGUUUGGGAGUGGAUACCUAAUCGAUUUGACAAAAUUAUUGGGUCGUUGUUGUUGGAUCCGAUGGGUGUGUAGAAGCUGUAUAAAUUAAAAGUAAAUUGAAGAGGAAGGAAGAUGAGAAUGGCGGGGUACAGCGAAGAAGGAGGAGCGGGUUCACGCUACGUGCAACACCACCACCACCACCAUCAUCAUCAACUUCUGAAUCCGGAACUGCAUCUGGACACGCCCUCCUCCUCCUCUAUUCCAUUUCCUCAUCCUCAUCUAUUCAACCAUUCCAAUCACUCCGACGAUGGUGAUGAUAAUAAUCAUACUAAUAAUAAUACUAAUCCCUCUCAAAACCAACACGCCUCCCUUCGCCGCCCUCGUGGCCGUCCUCCUGGAUCCAAAAACAAGCCCAAGCCUCCCGUUAUCCUCACUCGCGAUAGUCCCAACGUCCUCGGCUCUCAUGUCCUCGAGGUCUCCGCCUCCGCUGAUAUCGUCGAUAGUCUCUCCAAUUACGCCCGCCGCAGAGGGAGAGGACUCAGCAUCCUCUGCGGCACUGGUACUGUCGCCAACGUCACGCUCCGUCACCCAUCUGCCUCUCCUGCGGCUACCGUCAUCACUCUUCAUGGCAGGUUCGAGAUCCUCUCCCUCACAGGCACUGUGCUUCCCCCGCCAGCUCCCCCGCAGGCAGGUGGACUCUCUAUAUUCCUAGCCGGGGCACAAGGGCAGGUGGUUGGAGGGACGGUGGUGGGGCCCUUGGUGGCUUCGGGGACGGUGAUUUUGAUGGCGGCGUCCUUCUCCAACGCCGUGUUUGAAAGGUUGCCUGUGGAAGAAGAGGAGGAAGGGGGAGUGCAAGUUCAACCGACGGCGUCGCAGUCGUCGGGAGUGACCGGAGGCGGACAGAUGGGGGAGGGCGGUGGGAAUGCAAAGGAGGGGAGCGGCGGCGGAGUUGGGUUCCUGGGCAACAGUACAAUAGCGGGAUAUCCUCCAUUUGCAGGGGAUUUGUUUGGUUGGGGAAGUGGAAGUGGAAGUGGAAGUGGGAAUGCCACAAAGCCUCGUCAGUUGUAAUGUUUAAUUAAUGGUGAUUAGGGUUUUUAGUUUAAUAUAAUAUGUGGUGUUGUGUUGAAUGUUUGUAAUAAUUAAUGAAGAAUAGGAAGAAGAAGAAGAAGAUGUUGAUGGUUGGUUUGUGUGGUUUAAGAAGUGCGAUGCUUCUCGUUGGUCACAGAUUUGGAGGCGGUGAGUUGAAGAUAGGAUGGAAUGAAUUAGUUGAUCUCCUUUUCCAUUCCACCUGCUUUGCUUUCUCUUCUUACUUUCACACCUGUCUUCAAUAUUCCCAGUAGUGAGGGUUGUGGAGUAUGAAUUUAAUUUACACACAAUUUGGUUGCUUUUUUGUUUUUGUUUUUGUUUUCAGGGUUUGUGUCAUGCCUGUCAUAAACAAUAUAUAUAUAUGUAUAUUAUAUGCUUUCCUUC